AUUUCAUUUUUUCAUCACCAAAUUUUCGCUCCCUCUCCUCUUUCUCUCUCUAUAUAUACAGUUAGAGAAGAAUUUAUUGGGCUCCUCACACAGACUCCUGUAACCUGUACGUGAGAAGUAAUCAUCGAUCCAACCAAAACUCUGGCCUGUUAUCUUCUUCACACGCCAUUUUCACGCAAUUCUAUCAUCUUCUUCUUCGUUAAAACCGGUUUUGGAUGCUGAGAGGACUGGAUUCAGAUUUUGAUUAUCGCGGGCAAGCAAAAUGAGUACUCAACUUUUGGAAAUUCAACCCAGGGAAUUGAAAUUCAUAUUUGAACUGAAAAAGCAAAGUUCAUGCUCAAUUCAACUCACAAAUAACACCGACCAGUUUGUUGCCUUCAAGGUUAAAACCACAGCGCCUAAGAAGUAUUGUGUACGACCUAAUGUUGGUGUUGUUGCACCAAAAGCAUCUUCAGAUUUUACAGUAACCAUGCAAGCCCAACGGGAGGCUCCGCCUGAUAUGAUGUGCAGAGACAAGUUCCUAAUUCAAAGUACUGUUGUGCCUGUUGGAACGAGUGAUGAAGAUAUUACAGCUAGCAUGUUUGCCAAAGACGAUGGCAGGUAUGUUGAAGAAAACAAGCUGAAAGUUGUCCUUGUUAGCCCACCUCAUUCACCGCCAUUAUCACCAGUCAAGGGAACAUUGAAGCAGGGGCCAAUUUAUGAAGCUUCGGUAUUGACAGAUCAUGAUAUAAAAAUUUUGGAGCCCAAGAAGGUUAAUUUUGAGGACUUGAUGCCAAAACGAACUGCAUUUAACCAUGAGGAGUUAAACCCAAUGAGGGAUGCAGACUUGAAGGUGAAGAAGGAUGGAAUUAAUGGUGAGGACUUGAAGCCAGUGAAUGCUACAGAGUUCAAGUCAACAAAAGACGGAGUUGAUACCAAGGAAUUAAAAUUAGCAAAGGAUACAGACUUUAAACCGUCAAAUCAUGUGGGGACGGAAACAGCCAAGUCUCUGGGGGAACUGAGAUUAAUUAAAGAGAUUGACGAGAUGAAGUCAAAAUUAAAUGAACUCAAAUCUAAGCUAGACAAGGCCGAGGCUACGAUUUCAACUCUGACAGAGGAGAGGAAGUCUAUCGUUCAGGAGAGAAAAACAUUGCAAGAAGAACUAGCGCUGCUGAGAAGUAAGACAACUGUUAAACAAGUCCAUGUAGGCUUUCCUCUUCUAUACGUUGUUAUGGUAGCAUUUAUCAGCAUCAUUCUCGGCUACUAUUUACACUGUUGACAUGGACCCACGUGUGGAACCCAUCAUUAAAAAGAAAAUUGGAGUUUCAUUAUAUUAGGUAGAAAGUUAGGAUCUAAAGCAAACUUUUUCUCUCAUCGUAAGUAUAUGCAAAGGAGUAUAGAGGAGAGCCAACAUUGUGUUUAUUUUGGUCCGUUGACUCCAGGAUCAAAAGAAUAUGCUACAUGUACAUGCGAACUUUUUGGCAGAAAAAUAGAAUGUCUAAAUGAUUGAAUUACUGUUAACUCAUUCCCAGCUGAACAAAAGAAAUCAGAGACUCAUUGUGUUUGAUGGGCUAAAAA